AUGACAACUCCCUUCAACUUACCGUCUCUCGAUUCCGCUUACAACCUUCCCAUUUUCCAACAACUCCCCCAGCAACAAAAAUUCCAUCAUCAUCAACAACAAGCCGUCGAAGCAACUGUGGUAUCAAACAUCUUCGCUAAUCCCACCUCUUUUCUUCCUCCACAACAGCAACAAGCCGUGGCUCAAUUAGCAUAUUUAUAUAAUAGCAGCAAUUGCAACACCGAUAGUUGUCCUCCAACUCAACCCUCAACGAUUCAACACGCGUUUUUAUAUAAUCCUACCGCUUAUCCUUCGCCACCUCUGGACGCUUCGACCGCGCUCCCUUCAUCUAGGAUGAACACUAACGAUUCCGGUGAUCAUCACAAUAAUAACGAUAACAACCAGAACUACCACCACAACGGAUCCAUGAUUCCCGAUAGCUCUCAUCUCGCCCCUUCCCAACCUUCUUUUAACCCCGACCAAAAAACUCACACAAUACCGACCAUAACGGAAGGAUAUCAGACGGCAGCAAGUUAUCCUGCUCCUCAAUACCAUCCUCCCCAAACACAGGUGGAUCGUCGCACAAACGUGCCCAUGGUUUCAAUAAACCAUCCAACCAAGAUUGAACCAGGAACAUCUGAAGGAUCGACAGAAACCUGGACUCGCAUUCCCGGUGCUGCAGAGACGGCAGGCACGACGCCUUAUCCUUUCGGUCCGUAUACAACAAAAUCUGCAAAAGGCUAUGAUGAUACCGCCUUCUUCACGGAUCCUUCUAUGAAAAUACCUCCCGGCUCGAGUACUGCUCCACAGAUGGGCUACUUCAAUCCUGGGCCGGUUGGUUAUGAUCGUAACGGCAUUCCGCAUCCCGUAAAUUUCGGUAACGCCAUGCCGACUCCCCAAGAUUAUCCGAUGCCCAUAGCCGCAAUGCAGAAUCAAAGUGGAAAUGGGGCACGCAACACUCCUCAAUUCAAUCCGAGCAGACCUUCAGUCCCAGCGCCUCAAACCAUGAUGACCACCUUCAGCUCGAAGACUGUGUCUUCCACGCCAAAAAGGUAUAAAUGUAACAUUUGUCAGAAAAGAUUCACCCGUCCGAGUUCUCUGCAGACUCAUACUUAUAGUCACACCGGAGAAAAACGUAUGUCCAUGCCUAUCCGGUUAACUUGA